AUGGCAGAGGUCCUUGGAGUGGUGACGAGUAUCGCCACACUCGUCCAGUUGACUGGAACAUUAUCACAAUUAUGUUACGGAUAUAUUAAGAGUGCAGCAGGAGCCUCCAAGGCAGCGGAACGAAUCGUGACCGAGGUUUCCGCUUUAGAUGGCGUCCUACGUGCCCUGGAACUCUUAUCCCAGAACACCCAGGCUCCCCAAUUGCCAGCAUUGGAAUUGCUCGCCGGCCAGAACGGGCUUUUUGAGAGGUGUGGGAAAGUACUGAAAGAGCUGGAACGCCGGCUCAAUUCAGCCCCUGGGAGACGACAGAAGAUUGGAAAGGCCAUCGCGUGGCCACUGGAAGAAAAAGAGAUAAACAGCCUGCUGACGACUGUGGAGAGACACAAAGCAAUAUUUCUUCUUGCUUUAACUGGUGAUCAUACAAGUAUAUUGCUGGAGAUUAAAAAGGAAUUCGAGCAGUUCCAUCAAUCAUUUCAGUCAAUCCAGGCGGAUGAAAAGAGGGAGAAGAUUCUUCAAUGGCUCUCCCCGAAUGGACUGUACGGCAGCCAUGAUGCCGCACGUGAAAAGCACGAGGAAAACACCGGUGACUGGUUUCUACAGUCUCGGCAAUUCAAAAAAUGGAAAUGUGGCCCUGGACAGUUUCUCUGGUUAAAGGGCAUCAUGGGCUGUGGAAAGACCAUACUGUGCUCUACGGUCAUUGAAGAUUUGAAAAAUUCUGGGAUCGAUCUGACCAAGAAAGGACUCUCCCACUUUUACUUUGACUUUCAAGACCAGCAGAAGCAAAAGGUAACACGGUUUUUAACUUCUGCAAUUGCGCAGCUGGCUUGCCAGAGGGCUACCAUUCCGGAGGAGAUCGAAGAAAUGUACGACAGCCAGACCAGAAAGUUGAUAGAACCCAGUGUCGACAGCCUAUCCUUAUCACUAAUGUCCCUUAUGAAUGAUCUAAGCCAGACCUACCUCAUCGUGGAUGCUCUGGACGAAUGCGCGGAAUUGAUGCGACUCCUGGAGGUCCUAAGGAACCUGGCCUGCGAAACUAGGGUCAGUAUUCUGGUCACCAGUCGAGAGGACCAGCGUAUCGAGUCGAUGUUAGCACUUUUGCCGCCGGACAUGGCCAGUGUUGUCUCAGUUCAAGGCCCGGCCGUCGAUGCGGAUGUUCGACUCCACAUAGUCAAUCGACUCAACACAGACCCCGAGUUGAACAAAUGGCCUGCUGGCAUCAAGAAGGAAAUUGAAAGGUCUCUUGUCAAGGGUGCCAAUGGAAUGUUCCGCUGGGUAUCCUGCCAACUUGACGCCCUGCACACCUGUAUAAGGGCUGCCGAUAUCCGCAAAAUGUUGAAGGAGCUACCGAAAGGGCUAUAUGAGACUUAUAAGAGAAUACUGCAGCAAAUUCCCGAAUCCAAUCAUGACGAUGUUCACGCAAUCCUCCAAUGGUUGGCAUUUUCUGUACGUCCGAUGAAGCUAAAUGAAGUGGCGGAAGCUAUUGCAAUCGAGCCAUGGGAUUUUACUCGAGAUCCCGACAGAAAGCUGUGCCGACCAGAAGAUAUUUUGAAAAUUUGCCCCGGUCUGGUGAGCAUAUCGGAAAACGGGCAAGGGCUUCGGUUGGCCCACUAUUCUGUGAAGGAGUACAUUACGUCCAAGAAAAUUCAAGAGGACACCUUGUCGCAUUUUUUUGUGUCGAAAAUAUCGGCCAACAGCUUGAUGGGCCAAGUUUGUCUCACACAUCUGCUGUCAUUCACUGACGUUGACUCAAUGACGGAACGAGUGCUGGAAAAGUACCCGCUUCUCAACUAUGCGGCCCGACACUGGUUUAAUCACGCUCGAACUGUGUCAGACGAGCACCUUGACGCUGAUUUAGAGGACCUCUGCCUAAUGCUAUUGAACCCAAACGAUACCUCAAAGCUCCGGCAAUGGCUCUGGAUUUUUGAUCCUGAAGAAUCUCACUCGCGACACAACUCUCAACAUGGCUCCAAGGACCCGAGCAUCUCCCUUCCCUUAUACUAUGCAUGUUACCUGGGUCUUUCAAGAACCACGAAAGCGUUGCUAGGCAAAAACGUAAAUGUAAACGCUCGAUCCCGGCGCUAUGGCGCAGCAAUGCAUGCAGCAUCGUUCAAAGGGCAUAAAAGGAUUGUCGAAAUGCUAUUAAAUAGCGGUGCGGAUGUGGCCUUGGAGGCAGGGCGCUAUUCCACCCCGCUGCAAGCUGCUGCGUAUGGCGGACACAUGGACAUUGUACAACUACUCGUCAAACGGGGAGCGAAUAUUGAUGCUGAAGGAGGAGAGCAUGGAACUGCUCUACUAGCCGCAGCAGAGAAAGGCGACGAGACCAUGGUUCGGCUCCUGCUGGACCUGAAUGCAGAUCUGAACUUGAACGUCAGAGGCGACUACCAUGGCACAGCCAUCCAGGCCGCUGCCUACGAAGGCCACCAAUCUGUGGUGUCAUUGCUUCUUGAUCGUGGAGCAGAUAUCAACGCUCUAAGCGGACAAUACGGCAAUGCGCUAGGAGCAGCAUCGUACGCAGGACACGAAGACAUGGUGCGAUUCCUGCUUGAGAGAGGGGCAGAUCCGACGGCAAGUGGUGGAUAUUAUGGUACUGCCCUAGUGGCUGCAUCAUACAAAGGCCACCUCAAUAUCGUGUGUUUACUCAUCUCGAGAAAUGCAGACGUUGACGCGGCAGGUGGGCAGCUUGGUUGGUGUCCUCUGCAAGCGGCAGCAUAUCGUAGACAUCGGGAGGUUGUGAAAUACCUUCUAGAAUCUAAUGCUCAGCUUGGAAAGGUUUUGCGGCAUGCGGCCGAGAACGACCAUGAGGAAAUUGUCUUGUUUCUCCUGGACACAUGUUCACUUAUAUCCGAGAAGACUGAGUCCGCUGAUGACGAAAACAGUGGCAACCCAACCGAUAAACCAACCUCCAUCAGACAAGUGGAGAGGGCGAUUCAAUUGUUGCUGAAGUGCGCGGCCUUGGCUCAACCUAGCAAACCGUCCGGAAACGUGGACCUCUGGUUCGUAGGAGCUGCGCUUCAGGGCGACAAUACCGACGCUAGCGUGACGCUUGUACCUAGACGUCGCGAUACUGGGGCCCCGCGAAAACUCGACAUGCUGCUGGAGAAGGUGAGCGACGUCGAACUCAAACGUGUGCCGGUCCCGGGAGGACCGCCAGUCAAGGAGCAUGAUGAUCCAAGACCACCGCAGCCUCCAUCAACUCCCACGGCACGAGGACGAAACCAGCAACCUGGAGCAGCACCAUUACAGGACUAUUCCCCUCCCCGAGGACCUGUUUCACCAUCAAUAGUGAACAGUCCACGACCAAAUAUUCCACUAACAGAACAGGCCAAUCUAGUCCGAGCAGAGGCCGCUCAAGCGGAGCGGAAGAAGCCGACGAAUUCUGAAACCGAUACACGGAAACAUGUCGCUGAGCAGGUGUUCCGAUUGCCAAAAUAUGAGAAUGCAAUAGCAAAAGGUGGACAACCCCCACCUGUAACAAACGGUCGGAGCAACACGAAACAAGGUGAAGUUCCAGCUACGCAGAAUGGCGAGCCUGCUCAUCUUCCUGAGGCCUUGAUGGCUGGACAUGCGCCGACAACGAUUCCAUCAAAGCGUCCAAGCACUCCGAGUGUCCUCCUGGAGAAGAUCAACCCGACCAGGGUCACAAAAGAGGCCAGGGCAGCCAUACCAGAGUCAUCGUCAGAAACUCGGAGACCCGACGCAAAGCACAGAGUGGAAAGUUUGGAGAGAAUCUCAACAGAAGUGCCUCCGCAGGAUGAGACUAGAGACAACCAAAUGGCACCUGUUGCGGCUGCUUCCACGCCCUCUACGUCGUCAUCUUCAAGCACCCCGGCCGAGACCCAAAAGGAGAGAGCCCAACUUGAGGGGAGAGAACCUGUAGUCCCCUUGUCUCCUGAACGGGAUACGCAAACCGCACCUAGAGAGAAGGCUCGCAACGCGACGAUGUCUCCGGCCAGAUCAGUACAGAUCGAGACUAAGACUGGUUCCGAACAAAAGAAAACAGAUGACAAGGCUGCCAUUGCCACUACCACCAAAUCCAACAAAUCUCGGGCCGUGCUAGCCAAAAAUGAAACAGAGCUUCACUCAAGAGCCAACUCAACUUCAAAAUCCGACUCGAAAGCCAAAGUCAUGAAUGUUGAAGUCAGAGAUAAAGGCAUUUUUAGUUUCCUCGGGAGGUAG